UUGUCAGCUGUUUUAGCUGGAAGACAACCAAAUAUAACGAAUGCGUGAUAACUGGAGGAUUAAGGAAUAAAUCUGUUCUUAUCGCAGCACCAUUACAGGUCCUGUUAUUUCUAAAUUUCACAUUGCGAACAAUGUCAUUCCUUUGUCGUCUCACUAUCAGACGAUAAGGAAUAUGUAUGAACAAGCUGCGAGUAACUGGGCCAUCGGUUUGUAUUCUUUGCUGGAUCCAACUAAAUUUUUGCCUUUUCUCCCGAAUUUAUGGAAUAAACAAGCAAUCGGCUCGCGUUAUCCAAAUGACACGAAGGUACGGGACACCGAUGUGCUGGUUGGAUACCUUAUCUUAUUCUGGACGAUAUUGUAUUUGGUGUACGAAAAGUGUCUUAAUUCCCUGUUCAGGCGUAUGCAUUUUCCAUUAGUACAGCGAAGCAGGAUAAUCGAGGCUGCAUGGAACUGUGGAUUCUGUUUUGGUAGUAUAUGUUACAUGAAAUCAUCGACCAUGCAAAUCUUGAGCUUUGCAUCCCACGAACAGGGAAUGACAUACCAGGAAUUAGGGAUUGCAUUGCAUAAGAGCUUUUACUUUCAUCAAGCAGGGAUUGAUAUACUAUGUUAUGGUGCUUGGAUAAAGGGUUGCACAAACUUGCUUUUUGCGUCUUUUGUCUUGAAUCCAUAUCAACAAAACGAUAGGUGGUGUAUAGUUACAAGUACUUUUUUAAUGUAUAAAACUAUUGACAUUGUAAUAGUUAGUGUCUGUCGGAUCUUGGUAUGCAUUUUUCAAACUGUUGGGAGACCAGUCUCUAAACUAUUAUUCCUGUUACACUGCCUGACUUGGAUAUAUUUAUAUUUACAUUAUGUGCCUACAUUUAUGCUUUGGUCAGAAGAAGUUAAAUAUGCAAAGACGGAACCUGGCUUGUGGUUUUGGUUUGCAGUAGAAUGUUUAGAUUCGGUAUGGCUAAGAUUGAUUGGACAUGCAAAAGCUACACAUUGGCUUGAAAUUUGUCUCUUUCCACCACCGACGCAGGAAGCUAUUGAAUUAGCUGGCAUUCAUAAAAGGCAUAAAGAAUCUUUGAGGAAAAGUAAUAUCAAAACAGCAAAGAAAGUUGAAUUAUGGCAAACAUUAGUUUGCGCAAUGGCAAUUAAAAAGAAAAUUAGAAGGAUUCGUGAAGCUAAAAGCAGCACAGAUAUAUUAAUGAAAGAUCCUAAGGAAAUGGAACCAUUGAAACGCAAAUAGAUGACGAGUUAGUGGAGAAAAUUAGAAUAGUAAAGUUAUACUAAAAUAGUUCUGAAAAGGAGCACAUUUACAGAAUUUAUAUCAACGAUGCGAGCCUUUUUCAAACGAAUUUAUUUAUACAAAGAAAGAAAAGAUUUUGUUAUCAUGAUGUUCAAAACAUCGAAUACGUACGAAUUUUUUUUAAGAUUGACUUAUCAUAUCAGUGGCAUAUAUCAUUAUGUUUAACGAGUACUUAAGCAAAUAUUUGUAAAUGUACAUUAGCGGUGGAACAAAUGAAGCAAUUAAAGUACGCUGUGUAUACUGAGGCAAUGAAAAAAAGAUUAGGAGAAUGCAAAAAGAUUGUACUGCAAUUUUUAUACAAAAAUUAAGUUUAUUCCAUAAUUUCGUAGAUUUACACCCGCUUACGUAGAAAAUUCAUCGUUUGCGCGUUUAUAAUUUAGUAGGAUGUGUGAUCUCGACAAUGGUUAGUUGGAUGAUCCAGUAACGUUACAAUCGAGUCGGAGGCGUUUUCUCGGGGCAGGCAUUUAGGAGUAUUAUUGUUAAUCGCUCUGUUAAUCAUUUAUACAACUCAAAGCACAUAAAUAUUACACUAAUCGUCAUGUUGUAGAUGUAAAAUACGAUAUCGGUUCGUUGAAUGGCACUCUUAUCGAAAUUGAAUAUACGUUUCUUUGUAUGAUAGAGGAAGGUAACUGAUAUCGACAUACCACUU